AUGGGCAAAUAUCAAAUAAGCCCCGGGUCAUUCUCAUCACUUGAGAAUCAAGUAAUUGUACUCACAGGAGGUGCUCAUGGUGUUGGGGAGUCCAUUGUCCGCGAUCUUUAUCAAGUCGGUGCCCAUGUGGUCUUCGGCGAUAUCGACCAUGCAGGCUGCGAGCGGUUAGUUCGCGAACUAAAGACUGACUACCCCCAAGCAACGGGAACAGUCAUAUUUCGGCGCGUUGAUGUGCGGAGCUACGAUGAUAACCUGGCUCUCUUCCGUGCCGCUUACGAGAAGCACCGCCACGUUGAUCACGCUCUUUCGAUUGCAGGAGUCACUGAGGGCGAGAAUUGGUUCGACGCCACGCUGGAUCUUGAGACAGUAGAGCGCCAGCCUUCCACUGCUGUUCUUGAUAUCAACUUGCUGGGAGCACUCUACUUCUCCCGCAUCGCUGCUGUAUACCUUCGCCAAGGCAACGAUAGCAAAAAGGACAAGUCGCUACUAUUGACAGGCUCAUUAGCUGCUUUCAAAGAACAAGCAGGAUUGUUUGUAUACUCACCAGCUAAACAUGGUGUCAUGGGUCUCUUCAGAUCUAUUCGAAGAAACCUCUAUUGCUUACAUGGCAUCAGAGUGAACAUUCUGUGUCCCUCGCUAAUUCGAACCGCAAUGGCGUCAAAAGUCGAACAUAUCUGGGAAGAACGAGGACUACCUAUCAACACAGCAAAGGAAGUCGGAGAUGUUGCCAUAAAUUUCACUGCCCUGCCCAAGCAAAAAGACGGCGAGAUUCACACAAACCUGGCUGUAUAUGUCGAGGGGGGAAAGGCUUGGGAAUUUGAAUCGGUACUUCAUGAGCUAGAUAACCAAUGGCUUAGUGAGAAUAUGUCGAAAAACUGCAAGGCGAUUGACGAUGCCCUCGGUGUUGGUUCAGGAUGGACAACCGAGAAGCCUUCGAAUUGA